AGAUCCAUUGGUAAGCUUAGAAAUAAUUCAGAUGGAUGUAACCAGCAUGAAAAACAGGAAGGAAUAGAAAAUACAUGAGUUUAUCAGAUACGGCUAAAGAUGGCAGUUCCUGGAUUUACUCUUGGUGCCCUCAUACUUCUGUUGCACAUUAGUUCUGUGGCUAAUUAUCCCAAUGGAAAAGUAACAAAGUCAUGUUAUGGAAUGAUUCCUGAACAUGGCCAUACCCCACAAUCUGAUCCUGUUCACCAUAUUUCAGUGAGUCAGAUGACAUUCAGGCCAGGAGAUCAGCUUAAAGUUACUUUGUCAGGGCCACCCUUUAAAGGCUUUCUUUUAGAAGCACGGGAUGCUGAUGAUUUGAGUAGGUCUCCUAUUGGCUCCUUCACAUUGAUUGACAGUCAAGUGUCACAGCUUCUGACCUGUGAAGAUAUACAGGGAUCAGCUGUGAGUCACACAAGUCCAUCCAAAAAAACAGAAAUUAAAGUCUACUGGAAUGCUCCAAACAGUGCCCCGAAUCACGUACAGUUUCUAGCCACAGUUGUUGAGAAGUAUAAAAUCUGCUGGGUGAAGAUUCCUGGUCCGAUAAUUUCACAACCAAAUGCAUUUCCUUUUACAACACCUGAAGCUACAAUCGCACGUCUGUCAACGUUACCUCCAGUCUCCCAUUUAACCACAUCAUUCAGUGCUUUGGAUUGUGGGAACAAGAAGUUCUGUAUCAGGAAUCCUCUGAACUGUGACCCAGAGAAGGAGCAUGCCUGUUUCUUCUUGUCCUUCACACGAGAUGACCAAUCAGUGAUGGUUGAAAUGAGCGGUCCCAGUAAAGGCUAUUUAUCCUUUGCGUUUUCUGAUGACCGAUGGAUGGGUGAUGAUGAUGCUUAUGUGUGUAUUCAUGAAGAUCAGACUGUGUCCAUCCAACCUUCCCAUUUGACGGGGCGAAGCCACCCUGUGAUGGACUCCAGGGAUACACUGGAGGAUAUGGCUUGGAGGCUGGAGGAUGGUGUUAUGCAGUGUUCUUUCAGAAGAAACAUUAGCAUUCCUGGGGUUAAGAAUAGAUUUGAUCUAAACACAAGCUAUUACAUAUUCCUAGCAGAUGGAGCAGCUGAUGAUGGUCGAAUCUAUAAGCAUUCUCAGCGACCUUUGAUUACGUAUGAAAAACAUGAUGUGAUAAACUCUCCAAAGAAUGUAGGAGGAUCCCGUUCUUCACUCCUUCUGAAGGCUCACGGUGCCUUAAUGUUUGUGGCAUGGGUGACAACCGUUAGCAUAGGUGUACUGAUUGCUCGGUUCUUCAAACCUGUUUGGUCAAAGGUUUUCUUUGGCAAAGCAGCUUGGUUUCAGGUGCACCGACUGCUCAUGCUCACGACUUCUGCUCUCACCUGCAUUGCUUUUGUUCUACCUUUUAUUUACACAGGAGGCUGGAGUUGGCAUGCAGGCUAUCACCCGUACCUUGGUUGUAUAGUGAUGGUUCUAGCAGUUCUUCAGCCUCUUCUGGCAGCCUUCAGACCAGCUUUACAUGACCCAAGAAGACAAAUGUUUAACUGGACUCAUUGGAGUAUGGGAACAGCUGCUAGAAUCAUAGCAGUGGCCGCCAUGUUCCUGGGAAUGGAUUUACCAGGGUUGGAUCUUCCUGGCCCAUGGAAAACCUAUGUAAUGAUUGGAUUUGUAGCCUGGCAUGUCGGAACUGAAAUUGUUCUGGAAAUACAUGCUUACCGACUCUCUCGAAAAGGUGAAAUAUUGGAUGAUGCUAGAAUUCAGAUCCUUCAGUCAUUUACUGUAGCUGAAGCAGAAGGUCACGCUUUUAAAAAGGCAGUGUUAACAAUUUAUAUCUGUGGGAAUGUGACUUUUCUCAUCAUGUUCUUAUCUGCAAUCAACAGUCUAUGAGCAAGCAAAGACUUCGGCUUUGCAGACCAGGUGGUAACUAUCAUCAAGCCAAAAAACCUGAAGCCUGCACUGACUUCCUGGAGCAUAUUCAUGAAUUCUAACUUAGAAGACCAGGUCAUGUCUAUGGAGAGAUUCUGAAGUCUGGUCUUUAGUGAUCAACAUUCAUCAGGGUCCUAUGGACUAUAAAGUGAUGUCAAGCCUUUAUGUGUACUUCUGAGUCUUAAAGAGAAGGUUGUACUGGAGGAGAAUGACUGUCAAAUAUUUUUAUGCUGAGAUUUUCAGAAUGUUAGCAUUUAAGAAAGUAAACAAGAACUGUUCGGAUAAACAAAAAAGAUGUCAUUAGGCUGAAAAGGAGAUUGUAUUAAGGUAAAUAUAUUUUUGACUAUAAAGCUGCUCUGGUGCUUUAAAGAAAACACUUAUUUUUACUAGUUUAUCUGACUGGUCUUUAUUAGGACUUUCUGAGAAACUAUGUUUUUCAGUCCAGUUUUUUGGGCAUGUGUUUGCUUUGUGUAUUUUGUUACUUCUCUGGUAAAGGUGGAAGUGGGGCUGACCCCACCAUAGAUUUCAUUAACAUUUAAAUAUAUUAUGAAUAUUAUACUUUUUCCUUAGCUAUGAAAUGCAAGUGUACAUCUUCUGCUUAAAGACUGUCUUUAUAUAUUCAGCUACAGGGCUGAAAUGGCAUUUUAUAUGUUAAUUGUUUUGACUAUAAGAUUUAAGUCCCAUAGGCUUUGGAGAUUGUAGACUUGCAUUUCAAAAUUAAUAAAACUCAGCCUUGUGAACAUGUCUGUUAUUCUUUUUCCUUGUGGUAAUAAAAUAAUAUGGAUAGUUCAGUUUUGUUAGAAGUUCCUGGUGCUAUAAUGAAUUAGAAUAAUCAAUGUUAUUUUUGCUUCCUAUUUCACUAAUUUAUCUUGUGUUUUAAGGCUGGGUCUCAUAUUUGCUAUGAGGACUUCUAGCCAGUGGGUGGUGCCAUAAUACCAAACUACUGCUUUGUUCCUGUUUCCCUGUGCUGUCAUUCAUUUUUAGUAUUUAAAUGUAACACUGUGGGAUGGUAUUUUCCUUAAAGUCCACCAACUCUUAAUCUUUGAAAAAUUUCUGCUACUUUUGGAGAGAGGAGAAUUGGGGUUAUGGGUUAGAAACUGAAAUUAGGGACCAAUGUUGUUAUUUUCUGGUUUUAUUUAUGUAUGUUUUCUAACCAUGAUUAUUUGUAACAAUUGUUUGAUGUUUCCCUUUACAUUCCUCUGACCCUGUAAGAAAUGAAUACAACUAUCUUAGGCAAAGGAAACAAACAAAGCUGGACAUUCUUAAAAAAGUUUAGGGAGGCAUAUUUUAUUUCUUUAGGCCUUCUUUUUGAUUAUGUUAUAGUUUCUGCUUGGCCCAAGGCCCUAAUUUCCCUCUGAUAUAAAUAAUACCCUCAGCCAUGUAUCCUACGUCUUUUACUGAGUAAAAUGAUAUGGAAGUUUUGUUUUUUUCCUUA